UUGUAAUCACGGCGGAGCAGUGUCCAUCGGCAGGGUAAUCGCUCUACACAUCCCGGCGUGCGCCAUGAAUCCGCACCAAACGGCGCGCGCGUUAUUAUUUUUAUGCGCCGUUCUGUCAUCUCUCGUUGGUUUCGCCAGCGCGGUGGCCGGUGUAGAGACGACGUCGACGACGACGACUACCACACCAUCGCCUACAAAGAGGCUCGAGGCCGAUUUCGCUGCAGUGACCAAGGUGCUCGCCUCCAAGUUUCUACCCAGCGUGUCGGACCUGAUCACAAGCCCGGACCUGAGCAUCACCUGUUCAGCGAGUCUCGUGAAGCUCCUGCUCGGAUUAAAGAAUAAGGAUGCCUGGGCUAUGAAAAUGAUCCUCUCCAACGGAUUUCUCCCCAGCAACAUCUUCGAGGGGGGCCAGGUGAACAUCGGUUCGUACGAGCAGUGCCUCCACACGAGGGCAGUCAACAGCGAGGGCCAGAAGACUAUGCAGGGGCAAUAUUGUUCAAUGCACGUCAAAAUGCCCGUCGACCUCAUGGGCUCGCUCGUCGACAGAUUCCACAAGAUUGGGGAGCUCCUGGGGCGUACAAACCCGCUUACGCGGACCACGUACAACAAAUUCGCCAGCACGGACUAUCGCAUCGGGAUCUGCACUCCGUCGACGUGUACCACCGAGGACCUGCAAGUGUUGGCCACAAAAAUGCUCGGCCAGUAUGGGAUAAACUCCACCGUCAGAAGCUGUCGCACGGACAAUCCUAAGACCAUCACAAAACUUCAAGCAGCAUCCAUGGCAGUGCUGGGAGUUCUUGCACUCACGGUUGUCGUGGCAACGCUUACGGAAUGGAUAAUGGCAGCACGCGGUGGAUGCAACGUCAAGCAAAAGGACGGCACAAUGCUUGGAACGCUGCUUUACUUUUCUGCUGUGAGCAACACACGCCACCUGCUGCGCACCGAGAACACGGACAAGAACCGGCCUCUUCUAUUCCUCGGCGGCUUCAAGGUGCUGCUCAUCCUGUGGGUCAUAUACGGACACUCCUACAUAAUGGUGCAACUCGAAUUCUCCGAUAACCUGUUCAAUAUAGGAGAUAUCAGCAAGAAGAUCGUCUCGCAGAUAAUCCCGAACGGUUUCCUCAGCGUUUCCACGUUCCUAUAUCUAAGUGGCUUCGCGUUAACGUUUUCACUCCUUGGCUUUCGGCAAGGGUUAUACAAGCAGAACCUGCUCAUCGUUUUCCUCAUUGGUUGCUGCAAGCGUUAUCUCAGGUUGACAAUACCGAUCAUUGGAGUCAUUUUGGGCACAUUCUUGCUACCGCUGCUAGUCGAUGGUCCGGCCGACCAAGAUUUCGUGGCGAGUGAAGUGCAGGGCUGCAUUUCAAGAUGGUGGACCGUGUUCGUGCACUCCAACAACUUCAACUCGAUGAAUGAUAUGUGCCUGCAACAUCUGUGGUACGUGAGCGCCGACAUACAGCUUUUCGUUUUUGUGGCACUUCCACUGACGCUUAUAUUUGUCAGGCACCCCAAAAUUGGUCUGGUGCUGUCUGCUGUGCUUGCCAUUGGUUUCACUGUGAUGACCGCUCUUCAGAUUUACUACUUGAAUGUCGCAUACUCCAUGACCGUGGCGACAAACGACCAAAGAAAAGUAUACCGUUCUCUAGAGGUAAUCUAUUACAAGCCUUUUACGCACGUCGGUACCUACGUAGUGGGCCUCGUGACGGGAUACCUUGCGCUGGAAUACAGAAACAAGCCUAUUAACAAGGUAAGAGCUCAGUAUCUUGCAGCUUUGUGAUCGUCACCCGGGAUGAAGGCAAGAAAAUUACGGAAAAUUUCAAACCGAAUGAUUGAUUAUUGCAAAGCACAGGCCAGCCGGACUCUUUAAUGAUGAAGUGCGUGAUCGAACGAACACUAGGGGACGACAAUGGAUGAUAACAAAAAUUUAUAUACUGAGCACUC